AUGAAAUCCGUUAGAGCCGUUGAGCUAUAUGGAUUUGAGGAUGUAGAAGCUUCGUCUAACAACGAAGCAGUUAACGAUUAUACCGUCGAUGAUAUUGACUUCACUCUAGCAGAUGCUGAUAUGUACACUGGGAAGCUAUUCAGUAGCAAGCAAGAAUUCAAGAUCAGUUUGCACAUUUAUGCCUUAAAGCAGGUGUUCAGGUUCAAGUUCCACAAACAUGCGUUUAACUACGUCGCAACGAAAUGCAUUGAUAAAAACUGUAAAUUUUAUGUUAUGGCUAAGCAAUUGGGGGAAUCUUCGACAUAUCAGGUGAGGAAGGCGCAACUGAAGCAUGUCUGCACAUCUGAUGCUAAAGCGCAAUAUAAGAAACAUGCGACGUCGAAAGUAAUAGCUGCACUAAUGAGAUCGAAGUAUGAAAGGCUCCAAGCUGGACCGCGCGCAUCUGAAUUACCCGAGAUGCUCCGGAGUGAGUUCUUGUUUACGGCCACAUAUUGGAAAUGUUGGAAAGCAAAAGAGUUAGCAACUGUAGCUGCACAAGGAACAGAAGAGAGCUCUUACAAGCUCCUGCCAAAAUAUUUUUAUGUUGUAAAGUAUGCAAAUCCUGGGUCCAUUACUAAUAUCAAAACUGAAAAAGAUGAUAAGGGUCAGACAAGGUUUAAGUACGCGUUCAUGGCGCUGAAAGCUUGCAUUGACGGGUGGAAGCAUCUACGGAAGGUAUUCCCUAUAGCGUUUGCUGUUGUAGACAAUGAAACAAAUGAGUCUUGGAGUUGGUUUUUUGAGAAGCUGACAGAGAUCGUAGAAGAUGGCUCCGAUUUAUCUAUUGUGUCUGAUAGAGCAAAUCAAAUAUGUGUUGCUAAAGAUAAGUGGUAUCCUCUUUCACACCAUGGGUGCUGCCUCGUACACAUACAGAGAAACGUCGAUGCAAAAUUCAAGAAAAGGAAUCAGAAGCAAAUGGUUGGCAGGGCAGCCGAGGUAUUCAAGGUAUCCCACUUUAAGAGACUUUACGCGGAGAUCAAACUUACAGAUAAGCGCUGUUGGGAUUAUCUUGAGAAGAUCGAUCCUAGCAUUGGACAAGGUCACACUUUGAGGGCGAGCGGUACAAUCUAA